UCUGCCAACCUGAAGGAAGAAAGACAGUUGAGUGAGGAGAAGACGCCGAGAUCCACAGACAACAUGAACUCAGAGAGAAGCAUCUUCAUUGAGAAUGUCAUCCAUUAUAUCUUGAAUGCAGCGGACAAGAAGGAUCUGCAGUUCCUGUUGAGUCAAGAUAAAGAGUGGAGGAAAUUUGUUGCUGACACUAACUUGUCCAGGGAAGAAGCACAGGCAUUGCGUGAAGGUCUACUGCAGCAGAAAGCACCCACAGGCAUAGAAUUCAAAGACUUGCCCCAUGUUAGUCAGGGGUACAGGGAGAGAUUUCUAAGAUUAUAUCCCCAGGUCAAAAAGGAAGUUGAAACACUCAUAGCUCAGUUCCGAGCCCUGGCAGACAAGGCUGACCAGAUCCACAGGGACUCAAACAUCUCCUACCUGGUGGCUGACACCGCCAGCCUCAUCUCAGGCAUCUUGGGUAUCGUAGGCUUAGGCCUCGCUCCUAUGACAGCUGGUGUUAGCCUGGCAUUGGCAGCAACAAGUCUGGGCAUGAAUGUAGCAGCAGCAGCCACCAAGGCCACUACCAGUAUCGUUGAAAACACAAAAAUGUCAUCCAUAGAAGCGGAGGCCAAGCUCAAGGGAUCAUCCUUGGCUAAUUUUGAUGACAUGCUCACGGAAUUGAUAGCGGAUUGCUGCAACAGGGUAGACACUUGCGGAAGCAGCCAGGAUUUCUGCUGUCGUGUUGCGCGGCACAUUCGUGCAAUGAGUGCAAUGAGCAGUGCUCAGAAUUUAGAGUUAGCGUCCAACAUCACAGCUGAAAGCAGCAACUUGGUACAGAGUGUGUUUGGAGGCAUUGUCAAGGAAGUGAUAAGGGGAGACCGGUUCUUCGUUGGGACCGCCACAGGCCUCUCGAUCCUAGUGGAUAUUUGCAGCAUUGUUCAUGACUCAAAGCAGUUACUUAGUGGGGCAAAGGUAGAGUCAGCUGAGAGACUGAGGCAGAGAGCCCAGGCGCUGGAAGAGAUGUUGGAGGAGCUGAAGCGAGUUCAAGAGAGGCUGUCCUAG